AUGGCCAUCCCUGAAGAGUCUGACGAGAGGGAAGACUUUCUUUCUGGCCUUCGAAACACGGAGCCUCAGGCACCGACAGCAUCGCACUCCAGCUCAUCCAAAAACAAUCCGCAGGAGAAAGACAGACAGAAUGAGGGCGUCCGCGAUGUCGAAGACCAGUCUAACGAUGGCGACUCAGCACCCGACUACCAGGCGUUCAAACUCACUGCCACCGGCCGGCUAAUCUUCUGCGCGUUGGCGGUCCUCACCCUCAUGGUCGCCCUGGAUGGGACGAGUAUCUCUGUUGCAUUGCCGGAGAUGGCGUCUUCCCUCCACGGUACUGCGAUGCAAGCCUUCUGGAGCGGGACAUCCUUCUUGCUAUGCUCGACAGUCUUCCAGCCCACGACCGCCACCCUGUCCGACAUCUUCGGUCGCCGGCCGAUCAUCCUAAUCAGUCUGCUUUUUUUUCUUAUUGGAUCCUUAGUUGCGGGAAUCGCAAAUGACUUUACGCAGAUCCUGGUCGGACGGUGUCUACAGGGCGUCGGAGGUGGCGGUAUUGCGGUCCUUUCCGAAGUGGUCGUCACAGACCUGGUACCUCUCAGACUCAGAGGGAACUAUUAUGGAAUUCUCUCGGCCAUGUAUAGUCUGGGAAGCGUGUUAGGUCCAAUCUUGGGAGGCGGGUUCUCGGAGAACUAUACGUGGAGAUGGAUCUUUUAUAUCAAUCUUCCCUUCAUUGGUGUCUCGGCAUUCCUGAUCCUCUUCUUCUUUCGUCUCGAGAGGCCUUCCGGCUCGCUAAGGGCCAAACUCCGCAGAAUUGAUUACAUUGGCACAACGCUCUUCAUUUCGUCCCUUUCCUCGUUCCUAAUCCCACUGACCUGGGGUGGAAUAAUGUACUCCUGGACCAGCUGGCACACUCUCGCCCCACUCUGCCUAGGGGUGGCAGGACUAGCCGUCUUCACGGUGUACAGUAUCAAAGCAACAGACCCAAUGAUCCCACGCUCUGUCUUUGGGAACCGGAGCGCAGUCAUCGCUUUCAUAACAAGCGGUCUGCAAGGCCUCAUCCUCUGGGGCGCUCUAUACUACCUCCCACUGUAUUACCAAGCCGUUCGCGAAUUCGGGCCCAUACUCACGGGCGUUGCGUUGUUCCCGCAGACAUUCACUGUAGCGCCAAGCGCAAUCGUCUGCGGCGUGCUUGUCACAAUAACAGGACGGUAUCGAUGGGGGCUAUGGGUCGGCUGGGCCCUUUCGAUCCUUGGACUUGGGCUGUUAACACUGCUAGACCGACAUACCAGUACAGUGGCUUGGAUAUUCCUUAAUAUCCCCUCUGGCUUGGGGCUAGGCUUCCUCACGGCAGCAAUUGUCUGUACGGUGCAGGCUUCAGCAACAAAUAAAAACUUGACCGUGGCCGUUGCAAUGGUUGUGUUCUUUCGCGCAUUCGGGCAAGCCGUGGGGAUCGCUGUUGGCGGAGUCAUUUUUCAGAACCGCAUGCGUCACGAGCUGCUGAAGUACAGUGAAUGGAGAACCACCGCAGAGGAACUCAGUCGCGACGCGGCAGCGCUUGUAACGGUCAUUCAGGGUAUGCAUAGUGAAGAAGAAGCGAGCCGGAAGAAUGAUCUUCAGAUGGCGUACACGGAUAGUCUACGGAUCAUCUGGGCAUUCAUGGCGGGUAUUGCAGGGGUGGGCCUGAUUCUGAGUCUGUGGGUGAAGAAGUAUGAUCUCAAUCGUGCGCUGAGGACGGAGCAGGGAGUCAAAGAGAGGUAA